AUGCUUCUUUCCUUGAUCACCACCGCAGCCUUGGUCGGAGCUGCAGCUCCGUCACCCCCCGUGUACGCGAAUCGCUCCGAUCACUUCAUCGUGGUCCCCACGUACCCGACACCCGAGAGCACCGGCGAAGGAUGGAAGGCUGCCUUCGACAAGGCCCAAGAGGCCGUCUCGCGGUUGAACCUGACGCAGAAGGUCAGCCUGACGACUGGCUUCACCUACGGCCUCUCGUGCAACGGCAACAUUGCUCCGAUUCCCGAGAUCGACUUCCCCGGACUCUGCCUCGCAGAUGGUCCGGUCUCUGUUAGGAUCGCAGAUCUCACUACGGUCUUUCCAGCGGGUUUGACGGCCGCAGCAACGUGGGACAGGCAACUGAUAUACGAGAGAGGGCGCGGCCUCGGUGCGGAAUUCCGCGGCAAGGGCGCCAGCGUUCAUCUUGGACCGGCAGCCGGUGCGCUGGGCCGUCACCCGCUUGGAGGCCGCAACUGGGAGAGCUUCUCUCCUGAUCCAUACCUCAGUGGAGUUGCUAUGGAACAUUCCAUCCGGGGUAUCCAGGAUAUGGGCGUGCAAGCUACCGCCAAGCACUUCAUCGGCAACGAACAGGAGACGCAACGAUCCAACAGCUUCGCCGAGGACGGCACUGAGAUCCAAGCCAUCUCUGCCAAUAUCGAUGACCGCACCAUGCAUGAGCUCUACCUCUGGCCCUUCGCCAACGCCGUUCGCUCCGGCGUUGUCUCUGUCAUGUGCGGAUACAACCGGGUCAACCAGACGUAUGCCUGCGAGAACUCCAAGCUGCUGAACGGGUUGCUCAAGGGAGAGCUGGGCUUUCAGGGCUACGUCGUCAGCGACUGGUACGCCACCCACUCGGGCGUCAACUCCGUCGAAGCCGGCAUGGAUAUGACGAUGCCGGGGCCUAUGAACACCGCUGCCGCGACUCUCCCGGGCAUGCCCUCCUAUCUCGGCGGCAACCUGACCCAGGCCGUACUCAACGGCACCGUCCCCGAAAGCAAGGUCGACGACAUGGCACGCCGCAUCCUCUCUGCUUACUUCUUCCUCCACCAGGAUGACGACUUCCCCUCCAUCGAUCCGUCGACGGGCUUCGUCUUUGCCGCGACAUACGCCUACCCCGACGAGUACCUGACCCUCUCGGGCUACGACCCGAGCAACCCUCCGCCGGCCCGCGACGUCCGCGGGAACCAUUCCGAAAUCGUACGCAAGGUCGCCGCGGCCGGCACCGUCCUCCUGAAGAACACAAACGGCACCCUCCCGCUCAAGGAGCCCAAGAACGUCGCCGUGUUCGGCAACGGCGCCGCGGACGUCAGCGAGGGUCUGACGUACACGGGGGACGAGAGCGGUCCCUGGGGCGCCAACAUCGGCGCCCUCAACGUUGGCGGCGGCUCCGGCGCCGGACGGCACACCCGCCUCAUCUCCCCGCUCUUCGCCAUCCGCAACCGCGUGGAGGAGGGCACCCCGGGUGGCCGAGUCCAGUACCUUACCGACAACGCCAAGAUCGUCGAGGGCGACUUCACGUCCAUAUACCCCCCGCCGGACGUGUGCCUUGUGUUCCUCAAGACCUGGUCACGCGAGGGAACGGAUCGUCUCUCAUUCGAGAACGACUGGGAUUCGACGGCCGUGGUGAACAACGUCGCCAAGAAGUGCCCCAACACCGUCGUCGUCACCCACUCCGGAGGCAUCAACACCAUGCCCUGGGCCGACAACCCCAACGUGACGGCAAUUCUCGCCGCGCACUAUCCCGGCCAGGAAAACGGACAUUCUAUUGUGGACGUCUUGUACGGGGAUGUCAACCCGUCUGGUCGUCUCCCAUACACCAUCCCUAAGCGGCCUGCGGAUUACGACUUCCCCAUUGUCAACAUUACCGGAACUCUCGCGCAGAACCCUGAUGCCUGGCAGGCUGACUUCAAUGAGGGGCUUAUGAUCGACUACCGUCAUUUCGAUGCCAAAAAUAUUACGCCGCAGUAUGAAUUCGGCUUCGGGCUCGGCUACACCACAUUCGCGCUCGCCGGUGACGCCACUUUUGCCCCGAAGAGCGAAAAUGUUCCUGCCUACCCUCCCCCGGCUGCGAGAGCUUAUCCUGGAGGUAACCCAGCUCUCUGGGACACCAUCGGCUCCGUCUCGGCAACGGUAGAGAAUACCGGCAGCGUCGAUGGUGAGCAGGUUGUGCAGCUGUAUGUGUCGCUCCCCAGGCGGGGCGUCCCCAGCAACACCCCUGUCCAAGUCCUGCGCGGAUUCGAGAAGGUCGCCCUGGCACCGGGAGCAUCCAAGCUGGUCGAGUUCCCCGUCCUGCGCCGUGACGUGAGUUUCUGGAACACCACAGCGCAGGAGUGGGAACUUCCAGUGGGCGAGAUUGAGUUCCGUGUUGGCUUCAGCUCCCGAGACAUAAAGUCAAAGACAUUUGGUACUUUUUUUUAG